UUGAAUAAACAUUUCUCACAUCGAAGUAAUUGCGUCAUUUUUGUCCCUCAUCUUUAACCCUGUUCUCUUACCAGAGUCCCGACUUCCAAACAAACUAAAAUACUUAGUUACAUAUUUGUACCUGUAGCCGUUAGACAUGUAUCCCUAGACCAAUAUUUGUAUGAAUCAGUACUUAUCCAUUCAAAGUAGUGAACAUUAGCACAAGUCAUGGCCGACGCAAAGACCAAAGCCCAGAGCAUCAUCGACGAGAAUGCCGUUGCCGUAUUCUCCAAGAGCUACUGCCCCUACUGCAGCUCCUCGAAGCGGCUCCUCGACAGCCUAGGUGCCAAGUACAAGCUAGUUGAGUUGGACGAGGUGUCGGACGGUUCCGAAAUCCAAGCCGCGCUGGCUGAGAUAUCGGGCCAGCGCACCGUUCCCAACAUCUGGAUCGGCAAGAAGCAUAUCGGCGGCAACUCUGACCUGCAGGCCAAGUCCGGCGAGCUCAAGAACCUCCUCUCCGAAGCCGGCGCCCUAUGACUGCAUGGACCCUCCUCCAAGCUAUGAACGAGUUAUGAAUGGAUGAGUUCCCAGCCAGGGACAUCACUUCGCUGUUUAUAGAGUUGUUCUCUUAAGAGCUAUAGAACUAUACAAUGCGUUGGUUUCAACAUCUGAGGAGAUGCAUCGGAAUGUACUCUUUUCUAUCAUGCGAAUCAGAGAGCGAGAAAGCGAUGCAAUAUGGUUAGGCUUCGAUCGACUUUGUCUCGGAUAGAUGUCUACACACCUAAGCCCCACCGUUAAUAGACUUAUGGAUGCGCCAUGAACAGACGAAGUAUGGUUCCGAAAUCUUCUUGCUUGUGACUUAGUGGAUACUACAACGAUAAGAAAAUGUUUUAAAUAUCUGCAUUAUCUAUACUAUGACUCG